GCCGCGGACGCGGUCCCGUUCCCGUGCGCGUGCGGGAGCGCCAGCGAGAACGGCGCUGGGCCUGUGGAGGUUCGGGUCAUGGCCUAUCGCUGCCUGUGGUUGUCGCGGGGCGGUUACCGGCGAACCCCUGCUGGGGUGCCUGGAGCCCAGCAGCUGCUCUGGGGUCGAGGCCUGGCAGCGCCUUCGCGCUACCUGAGAUUGUUUCAUGACCAAGUGGCCACCCAAAGUUCUGCGAACCAAAACAAAUUCUUUGUAAAUGUAAUUGCUGCUUACAGAAGGCUCUUCUCCCAGCCUCCCAAAGGAUUUGAAAAAUAUUUUCCGGAUGGGAAGAAACCUAACGAAUCAAAAGGUCUGGAGGGAAAACCCAAAGAAAUGAAGCAAGAAAAUUCCCAGCAGUCUUCCAGGACUGGCGGUGGAGGAAGUAGUGGUGGUGGAGGAGGGAAAAAGGGAGGCAAGAAAGAAGAUGCUAAGUGGUGGUCCAGAUUACAAAAGGGUGAGUUUCCUUGGGACAACCAAGAAUUCCGUGUUCCUUUAAUAGCAAAUAGUAUUUUCUGGAGUGCUGUUAUAUAUUACGUUUUCUUGAAGAAUUUUGAGAAAGAAAUAACAUGGAAAGAUUUUGUCAACAGCUACCUUUCCAAAGGAGUGGUGGACAGGCUAGAAGUGGUGAACAAACGCUUUGUUCGAGUGGUCUGUACCCCAGGAAUGUCUCCUAUUGAUGCGAAAUAUGUCUGGUUUAAUAUUGGGAGUGUGGACACCUUUGAACGGAACUUGGAAACAGCACAACUUGAACUGGGAAUAGAAGGGGAGAACAGGAUACCUGUAGUGUAUUCAACAGAGACUGAUGGUUCAUUGCUUCUGAGUUUGCUGCCAACACUCCUCGUAAUUGGCUCUUUGAUGUACGUUAUAAGAAGAGGACCUCCUGGAUUGGGCCGAACGGGACGGGGAAUGGGUGGACUCUUCAGUGUGGGUGAAACAACAGCCAAAGUCCUAAAAGAUGAAAUAGAUGUGAAGUUCAAAGACGUAGCUGGCUGUGAGGAAGCUAAACUAGAAAUAAUGGAGUUUGUUAACUUUCUGAAAAACCCCAAACAGUAUCAGGAUCUUGGGGCAAAGAUCCCAAAGGGAGCCAUUCUGACAGGACCUCCAGGCACAGGGAAAACUCUUCUAGCUAAGGCUACAGCGGGAGAAGCCAAUGUCCCUUUCAUUACAGUCAACGGGUCUGAAUUCUUAGAGAUGUUUGUCGGCGUGGGUCCCGCUAGAGUUCGGGAUUUAUUUGUUCUGGCUCGUAAAAAUGCCCCUUGCAUUCUCUUCAUUGAUGAAAUAGAUGCAGUGGGAAGGAAGAGAGGACGGGGUAAUUUUGGAGGGCAAAGUGAACAAGAAAACACACUCAAUCAACUACUAGUAGAAAUGGAUGGUUUUAAUACAACAACAAAUGUAGUUAUUCUGGCAGGCACCAACAGACCAGAUAUCUUAGACCCUGCACUUUUGAGGCCAGGACGUUUUGAUAGACAGAUAUUUAUUGGACCACCUGAUAUAAAAGGAAGAGCAUCUAUUUUCAAAGUUCACCUUAGACCCCUGAAGUUGGAUACUAGUCUGAUUAAGGACAAUUUAGCACGAAAACUUGCAUCACUUACUCCUGGAUUUUCAGGUGCAGAUAUAGCUAAUGUAUGCAAUGAAGCGGCCUUAAUUGCUGCAAGACAUCUUUCAGAUGCCAUAAACCAAAAACACUUUGAGCAAGCAAUUGAACGAGUGAUUGGAGGGUUGGAAAAAAAGACACAAGUAUUGCAACCAGAGGAGAAAAAGACAGUAGCAUAUCAUGAAGCUGGACAUGCAGUUGCUGGGUGGUUUCUCGAACAUGCCGAUCCGCUUCUAAAGGUAUCUAUUAUUCCUCGUGGCAAAGGUUUGGGUUAUGCACAGUACUUGCCAAAAGAACAAUAUCUGUACACCAAAGAGCAGCUGCUUGACAGAAUGUGCAUGACUCUGGGAGGACGUGUAUCAGAGCAAAUCUUCUUUGGAAAAAUUACAACCGGGGCCCAAGAUGAUCUAAAGAAGGUUACUCAGAGUGCAUAUGCUCAGAUUGUUCAGUUUGGGAUGAAUGAAAAAGUUGGGCAGAUCUCAUUUGAUCUUCCUCGGCAAGGAGACAUGGUCUUAGAAAAACCAUACAGUGAGGCAACUGCAAGAUUGAUAGAUGAAGAGGUGCGGGUGCUUAUUAAUACAGCUUAUGAACGGACGUUGUCUCUCCUAAAUGAAAAGAAAGCAGAAGUGGAAAAGGUUGCUUUACGUCUCCUGGAAAAGGAGGUGUUGGAUAAGAGUGAUAUGAUUGAACUGCUUGGCCCCAGACCAUUUGCUGAAAAAUCAACUUAUGAAGAAUUUGUUGAAGGCACUGGCAGCUUAGAUGAAGACACUUCACUUCCCGAAGGUCUUAAAGACUGGAACAAAGAUCGUGAGAAGGAGAAUGAGGAGACAACAGAUGAGCAAAUAGCCAGACAGAUUACAGGAGACAUGCCUUUUUAGUGUUGAAAUAGGGUGGUGUAUCUGAACUGACACUGUGUUAGUGUUGUGCACUGAAAGAGAGGGGGAAAGAGUUCUGUCUCCUUUAAGAACGUGCUGUUUGAAAAUCAGCAAGCCUGCAGAAGUGGUGGAGCCAUGAAGAUUUUUGUUUGUUUUACGCAAAGGAGUAUUCAAAUUCUGUCAAAUGCUGCAUUCUAAAACAAAAAGGUGGAGACCUAACAGGCCUAUACUGAGCUCCCUGCUAGCUUUCGGAUCCAUUACCUGAAAGGUGUAACUUGUGUCCAUUACCAGAUACAUGUAAGCAAAUAUAGAACUUGAAUCUAGGAGGGAUAAUUUUAAAAAAAUCCUCUACCAAUGCUGCCUCCUUGCAAAUUAGCAUGCAGGAAAUGAUUGCUGACAUGUACCUGGAGUUCAGAUAUUUUGUGACAUCUCUACUGUUCAGUGGAAACAUUACUUCUCUUUUUAUUUAAAUGUAUCUCCUCACUUUGCCAUUUGGAAAAAAAAAGCCCCCCCAACCUGUGCAGGUAUCAGUGAUGGAAUCAAAAAUCUGCUAAAGACCUUUUCCAUUAGAAUUAUGGGUCAUGGGCUACAAUGAAGUAUAAAAUCUAAAUUAUAUAUUGCAGUUUUAAUAAUGGGGUUUUUUUUUUCUACAGGAAGUUGUAAGAUAGUAAACCUAUGAAUGCAUUGUAUUUUGUAAAUACAGUUUGGAAACAUUCAAUAAAAGCACUGCACUGUGCAAUGACAAACUA